AUGGCGGGAAUUAUUGGCGGUAUGAAACCAUUUGAGGAAUCCGGUGACCAAAGGGCAACGUAUAUUGAGCGUUUUCAGAAUUAUAUCCUGGCUAAUGAGAUCAGGGAUGCUAAGAAGUUCUGCCCACCACGUAAUGUGCCCUAUGCUCUGAGAUCCAAAGUAGAGGCUGAACUGACCCGCCUCACUGACCUUGGCGUGAUCUCACCAGUGGAGCAUAGUGACUGGGCCACACCCGUAGUUCCUGUCAACAAGAAGGAUGGCACGGUGAGACUUUGUGGUGAUUUCAAAGUAACCCUCAACCAAGCACUCUGUGUGGACAAGUAUCCUAUUCCACGCAUUGAGGAUCUCUUUGCAUCGCUAGCUGGAGGUCAACGCUUCAGUAAACUGGACUUUUCAAACGCAUACCUACAGAUGGAAGUAGUGGAGGAGUCGAGGAAGCUACUGACUAUUUCCACACAAAAAGGACUUUUCUGCUACAACCGCUUGCCCUUCGGUAUUGCGUCGGCACCAGCGUUGUUCCAGAAGGCUAUGGAUCAAGUGCUCGUUGGAUUGCCAUUCACGCACUGUUAUCUCGAUGACAUUCUGGUUAGUGGGCCAGAUGAAGAGAUCCACCUGAAAGCCCUGGACGACGUUCUCACGAGACUGGAGGAGUAUGGUCUCCAUGUCAAAAAGGAUAAGUGCAUGUUUUUCCAGGAGUCAGUAGAGUAUCUAGGUCAUAUCAUCGAUGCUGCCGGGCUCCACAAGUCGCCAGAGAAGGAACGCGCUGUUGUGGAGGCACCGGCACCCACCAACGUUAGCCAACUACGCUCGCUCCUCGGAAUGAUAAACUACUAUGGACGUUUCAUCCCGGACCUGGCAACCAUCCUGCAACCACUGAACGCACUGCUGCACAAAGGGAAGAAAUGGCAGUGGACUACAGCUUGUGAGGCAGCGUUCCGAAAAGUGAAAGAGCUCAUGGUAUCUCAGAAGGUGCUAACCCACUACAACCCUGAGCUGUCCCUCCGUCUAGCCUGUGACGCUUCACCCUAUGGGGUAGGGGCUGUACUCUCUCACGUCAUGCCUGAUGGUGUAGAGAAACCUAUCGCUUAUGCGUCAAGAACACUCAGCAAAGCAGAGCAGAACUACGCCCAGAUUGAGCGAGAGGCGCUGGGGAUAGUCUUUGGCAUACGUAAGUUUCACCAGUAUCUCUAUGGUAACAAGUUCACUCUUCUCACAGACCAUCGCCCGCUGACCUCCAUUCUCAGUCCAGUGAGGAGUACGCUGUCGAUGGCUGCAGCCCGCAUGCAGCACUGGGCGCUCCUCUUGUCAGCGCAUGAUUACACUAUAGAGUAUCGUAAGGCUUCACAACAUACUAAUGCAGAUGGACUGUCAAGGUUGCCACUUCCGGACACUCACGAUGACAAGAUAGACACCGUAGUGCCACCCAAGCUACGGCCCCGGGUGCUCAACAAGCUACAUACAGCACACCCAGGGGUAGUGAGGAUGAAAAGCUUGGCACAGUCGUAUGUCUGGUGGCCAGGUAUUGACUCUCAGAUCGAGCUCCAGGCCAAUUCCUGCCACUCAUGCCAGCGUAGUCAGAGAGAACCGAGUCUUGCCCCUCUACAUCCAUGGAUGUGGCCUUCCAGUCCUUGGGAAAGGAUUCACGUGGACUUUGCUGGUCCAUUUGAAGGACACAUGUAUCUUGUGGUAGUAGAUGCUCAUUCUAAAUGGCCCGAGGUGCAAAUCAUGGAUAGCACCACAGCAAGCAAGACCAUCACAGUACUGAGGGGCCUUUUCAGUCGCCACGGCCUUCCUCACAUUCUCGUAAGCGACAAUGGACCCCAGUUCUGUUCUGAGGAAUUCGCCACAUUCCUGAAAGCCAGUGGAGUCAAGCACAUUCGCUCAGCGCCAUAUCACCCUGCUACGAACGGCCUGGCCGAGCGCUUUGUACAGACU